AUGGAAACUGGAGUUGUCCUCAUCCAAGAACCAGUGUUUACAAAGACGAGUGUUGAAGAAGCUCCUGCAGGAGUAAUACUUGACAACUCAUCCAUGGAAGCAGAUAAAGUAAACUUGAGUACUGUUCUUGAUGAUGAGAUCACAAGUGGCGAUUGCAGAAACACUAUUAUUUCGAAAGAAGCAGAUGUUGCAGAGCUUGUAAAUGGUUCAGGGAAUAAAGAAACCGUAGAAUCAGAACGUGAAAAAGGAGAAGCGAAGACAGUUUCGAUUGUAGACGCUAAAGAGAAAGCUAAAGAGACAGACAGAGAUGAACCUGAAAGCUUCAACAAAAACACAGACGAUGAUGCGAAGAUAAUCUUAAGUGAGGAUGUGACUUUAGAGAAGGCGAAAGAAGAUGACACUACCCAAAAAUCAGAAGAGGUAAGUGUAGAAAAACCGGUAGUAGAAGAAGAUCAAACACAAACCACACACACACCAAAACAAGAAGAGGAGAUAGGUGCAAUUUCUAAGGUAUUGAUUGAUACCACACCUGUAAAAUCCAGUGAAGGGGAUAUAGAGAAGAGCUUAGACUCGGCCCAUGAAGAGAUACCAAUAAAGACUGAUGAAGUAAUACAAGAAGAAGAUUCAAGAACUGCUGAGACCUCUGUAAUAGGAACAGAGGCUAAGCACAAUGCAACGGUUUCAGCAGAAGAAAUCUCGAGGAACAGUGAGAGCACUGUGAAGGAAACAGCUCCAGAAGAAGAAACCACAACAAACGGUGAAUCAGUACAUGAUGUUGAAACUACAGAAAGAGUCCUUCUUGAAGCGGAGAAAGAAGAAGAAAGGGAAGAGAUGAAAACAGAAACAGAACCGAUUGUGGAUUCGAUAGAGAAAGAGCAAACAGAGACGGUAAAGAUCGAUAAUAGUGAAGAAACUGCAUCUCAUGAAUCUGAAAUCUUGAAAGGAGAUGAUCAUCAGAGGGAGGUUGCAGCAGAGCCAGUGGAAGCAAUCAAGAACUCAGACGAUUCAGAGCAAAUCUCACGUGAAGUUACUGUAGACAGAGAAAAAGAAGAGGUGCAAGAAAGUCUUACGGUCAUCCAAACGCCGACAGUAAAUGGAGAGGACCUUGAAUCGAAAGCUUCAAAAGAUAUUGAGGAACAUGAACAUGUGUUGGUAAGAGACAUACCACAAGGUGAGAUCCUUUUAACUGAAGAUGAGACUGUAGAUACUUCAGCGGUACAAGAAUCUGCAGUCUUGAAGACUUUGGAGACAAAAACAGAUGAAACAGAUGCAGAACCGAGUUUGGUUAAGACCGUCAUAUCAUGUGAUGAGGUGCAAGAAAGUCCUACGGUAACCAAAACGCCGACAAUACAAGGAGAUGACAUUGAAUCUAAAGCUUCAAAGGAUAAUGAAGAAUAUGAACAUGUGUUGGUGAGAGACAUCUCACAAGGUGAGAUCAUUGUAACAGAAGCUGAGACUGUAGAUACUUCAACAGUACAAGAAUCUGCAGUCUUGAAGACUUUGGAGACCAAAACUGAUGAAACAGAUGCAGAACCGAGUUUGGACCUGAACCGGGAAGCAGAGGCAGUAAAGGCAGUCAUACCUGAUGAGGUGCAAGAAAGUAUUACCGUAAUCGAACCGCUGAAAACCUCACCAGAACUGAAGGAAGAAGAAGAUCAAAGCUCCAAAGAUACUGAAGAAGGUGAACAUGUUCUGAGGAGAAACAUGCCACAAGGUGAGAUCUUUGUAAAUGAAGCUGAGUCUUUGGAGACCAAAGAAGAUAUAGAGCCGAUAAUGGACCUUAAAAAGAAUACAGAACCAGAGGAAACAGAGAGACUUGAACAAAUUCCAUCAGAUCUUGCGUUGAGGGUGGAUAAAGAGGAGGUGAAUGAUGAAAAUACAAAGGUAGAUCAAUCUGAUGGAACUCAAACCAUGGAGGAACAGAGAGGCCUAGACUCGAUUGAGCCUGAGGCAGAGCAAAUUGAUCGAAACAGAGCCGAUGAAACAGAGGAAAGCCCUGUUGAAAAGCUGGCCGCUCAUCUUGAUGUAGAAACAGUUGAGCUGAUGGAGAAGCAAUCUCUUGAGUCUCCUUCUGAAGUAUCAGAGGAAACAAGCAACGCCGUAGAUAGUAAGAUUGAAGAAAAACCAGAAGAAGUAGGAACACCGCAUCAAGAAGGUUCCUAUGAAUUAGAGACAAGACAAGAGACAGUUUCACUACCAGUAAGUAGUGAGCUUGGAGAAAAAGUCCAAGAAGAAAGGAGUGUCAUUGAUCUGACUCCUCCGCAAGAAGAAUCAUCUCUACGAAAUGAGCAAGAAAAGGAAACGACAAUAGAGAAAGAACAAAUAGAAAAGCCUGAACCAGCUAAUGAAGAAGUUGUUAAUGAACCAGCAAGUCUUUUGGAAGAAAAAUCUGAUGAAGGAAUACAAGUUUCAUCUGCAUCACCUUCAGAAGAACGGGAAGUUGAGGAAGAACAAGUAGCAGACAAGAUCCAGAGAACUCUUGAGACUGUUGAAAGUGUUGAUACCGAACCUGUGAAACUCAAUGAAGAAAUCUCUAAGAACAAUGAGAACAUUUUAAAUGAAACAGCUCCAGAAGAUGAUCAUCAGGGCGAGAAUGCAGAACCAUUGGAAGCAAUCAAAAACUCAGAUGAUGCAGAGACAAUCUCACAUGAGGUGACUGGAGAUAAAGAAAAAGAUGACAUAACCCCCAAAAUAGAAGAGGUGCAAGAAAGUACCACAGUAAUCGAAACGCCGACAAUACAAGAAGACAACAUUGAAUCGAGAGCUUCAAUAGAUACUGAGGAGCAUGAACAUGUGUUGGUGAGAGAGAUGCCACAGAUUGAGGCCCUUGUAACUGAAGCUGAGGCUGUAAACACUUCAACAGUCCAAGAACCUCAAAUCUUGGAGACUUUCGAGAGCACAUCUAAUGAGACACCGACUAGCCAAGAGACAGAACCGAGUUUGGACAUGAAAGCGGAUAAAGGAAAAGAGGAAACAGAGAUGGUGAAGACAGUCAUUUUAUCUGAUGAGGUGAGAUCUUCUGAUGCUCAAGGAGAAGAAUUUGGUGAACAUACCGAACCUUGUACUUUAGAGAUCAAAGAUGAGAGCCAAGGAAGAGAAGAACCUGUUGAGGUCAAAUCAAAGGAGACGGUUCAAGAAGAAAGCACUGAGGAUAAACAUGAUAAUCUUCUUGAUGUACCAUCUGGAGUACACAGAGGCCUAGACUCAUCUGAGGAAAGCACAAGCGUAGAUGAGAAGAUCGAAGAAAAACAAAAGGAAGAAGAAGUAACACUGCAUCAAAAAGGUCAAGAGAAAGCUUUCUCUGGAUUAGAGACAAAACAAGAGACAGUUUCAGUACCAGAAAGCAGUGAGCUUGGAGUAAAAAUCCAGGAAGAAGAAUCAUGCUUGCCCAAAGAAACGAAGCUGGAGAAAGAGCAAACAGAGAAGUAUGAACCAACUAAUGAAGUUACUAAUGACCAGCAUAGUCCUGUGGAAGAAAAAUCUGAUGAAGUUAUACAAGUUUCAUCUGCAUCACCAUCAGAGGAACGAGAAAGUGAGAUCGUUGUUGACGCUGAAAAGCUUGAAGACAUAAAAGCGAAUGAGGAAGAACAAGUAGCAGAAAAAAUCCAGAAAAGUCCUGAGCCUCUCGAAAUAGCAGAACCUCAUAGCUCACUGCCGACUUAUUCAGAGGAACAAGAACAAGAAACUGUUUCCGAGAAGAUAGAAGAAGAUGAUAAUGUUAAGGAGGAUCAGACUCAGGCGAAGGAACAAGUCAACGAUGAGCAGGAAAAGAUCACUUCAACAGAAGAGAGGGAAACAAAAGCAAAUGAAUCUGAAGAUGAUAAACUGGAUGAACAUGUUGAUUCUCAAAGCUUGCUAGUGUUCUCGGAGAAAAUUGAUAAUGAAACUUUGACUGCAGAGGCAAAGAAAGGAGAUGAGGAGACAACAGCGAGAGACACGCAACAAGGUGAGACCACUGUAACUGAAGCUGAGGCUUUAGAUACUUCAACAGUCCCAGAAACUGCAGUCUUAAAGACUUUGGAGACGACAAUUAAUGAGACAGAGGCAGUGCAUAGCCCAAUAGGUGGAGAAGAAGAAAGCCAAGUGACAAGAGAAGACACAGAACCGAGUCUGGACCUGAAAGAGGAUAAAGAACAAGAGGAGACAGAGACGGUUAAGACCGUCGUUUUAUCUGACGAGGCGAGAGCUUCUGGUGUUGAAGCAGAAGAAUUUGGUGAGAGCCAGGGAAGAGAAGAAUCUGUUGAGGUCAAACCUAAGGAGAUCGUUCAAGAUGAGAGCACUCAGGACAAGGAUGAGAAUCUUCUUGAUGUACAAUCUGGAGAAUCAGCUGAGAAGAUGCAGAAGCCAUCCCUUGAAUCUCCUUCUGAAAUAUCAGAGGAAAAAAGUAAAACCGUUAAUGAGAAGAUCGAAGAAGUAAAACUGCAACAAGAAAGUCAAGAGGAAGGUUCUAAUGGGUUAGAUGCAAAAGAAGAUACAGUUUCAGUAAUAGAAAGUACUGAUCUCGGAGUAAAAUCACAGGAAGAAGAAUCAUGCCCAUCAAAUGAGCAAGAAGAAGAAACAAAGUUACAGAAGCAUGAAUCAGCAAGUGGAGAAGAAACUAAUGCACAUCAGACUCCUGUGGAAGAAAAAUCUGAUGAAGUAAUACAAGUUUCAUCUGCAUCACUUCAAGAGGAACACGAGACUGUUGCAGAAGCCGAAAAGAUAGAAGAUAAAAUGGAGAAUGUUACAGAACUGAUGAGAGAUAUGAGCGAGAAAGGUCUUGAAAUUUCUGAAACAGAAGAUCUGAGUCUUCCCAUUGAAGAACCUACAUCAUAUGGAACAGAAUCCUCUGAAUUGGUUGCAGAAAUUGAAGAACAGAAGCCAAAGCAACUCAAAGAGAUUCUUGAAGGGGAAAUAAAAGAAGUUGAAGAGACAAAAGCAGAAACACUUCCUUCUAGUGAAAACAUCCCACAAGAGGCUCUCUCUGAUGUUGUGGCGCUCCAAAUAGAAAGAGAAGACGAUGCAACAGAAAGCCACGAGAGACAAGAGGACACUUCUAAAGCUGUAGAGACAAAAGAAGCAACGGUUGCACUAGAAGAGCAUACAAGAGAUCUUGGAACUUCUUUGACUGAAGAGGAAGAACAGGUCAACAAGGAAUCCUCCAGAGAAGAGCAUGCAGAUUUCAGUGCUAUAGAAAAAAGAGAAGCAAAAACAAAGGAGCUUGAAAUUAAAAAUCUGGAUGAACAUGUUGUUUCUUCUGAGAAAAGUGAUGAUGAGAUUUUGAUUGCAAAGACAUCAGAAAAUGUAUGCAUCAAACAAGAAGAGCUUGAGAAUCUUGAAGCUCCAAAGCCAGAGGAGUCAGAAGAAAAUAAGAGCCAGGAAAUUUCUGAGACCAUCGAAGUAGAAGAAGCUAAGGGUGAUCACGAUGUAGCCAUUGAAACAUCAGAGACAUCUCAGACUCCAUCCUUUGUUUCAGAGCUAGAAGAGAAAAUUUCAAAGCAAAUUGAGGAGAUUCAUGAAGAAGAAGAAGAAACUAAGGAAUCACACAAGGUAGAAGCUAUGAGUGACCGAAGUCUUCAAGUUGAAACAUCACAAGAAGACGAGACUCCAUCCUUAGUUUCAGAACAUGAAGAGCAGACUUCAAAGCAAGUUGAGGAGACUCAUGAAGAAGCAAAGGCACACAAGUUACAAGAAGAAGAAACCCUUCCUACCGAAACUGUUCCAAGAGAAUCAUUAGGUGAAGCAUAUCAAAGUCCAUCCUUUGUUUCAGAACUAGAAGACCAGAUUCCAAAGCAGAUUGAGGAGAUUCGUGAAGAAGAAACAAAGGAAUCACAAAAGUUACAAGUUGUGGAUGAUCAGAGUCUUCCAGUUGAAACAUCACAGGACGAUCAAACUGCAACUUUACAUUCAGAACAUGAUGACCAGACUUCAAAGCAAGUUAAGGAGAUUCAUGAAGAAGAAGAAGAAACAAAGGAAGCUACAAGUGAUCAGAAUCUUCCUGUUGAAACAUCACAGGCAAAUCAGAUUCCAUCUUCUGAAUUAGUUUCAGAACUGAAUGACCAAACUCCAAAGUAUGUUGAGGAGGUUCAUGAAGAAGAAACUAAGGCACAAAAGUUACAAGAAGAAGAAAUCCUCCCUACCGAAACUGUUCCAAGAGAGUCUUUCAGUGAAGCUCCAAUUUCCAUGUUGGCUUCUGGGGAAGAGGAUCAAGUGACUGUGCAAGAAGGUGAUUGUGCAGGUGACACACAAGAGGAACAACAUGUUUCUGCAGAAACAGGAGAGAGUGAAGGAGAAACGAAACUAGAAGAACCAGAAACAAAAAUAAGAGAAAAAUCUGAUGAUCAGAUUGAGACUUCAACUAAAGAUCAAGAUUCUACUUUCUCACAGGAAACAGGAGAGGCAGAGCAUGAAGAUGAGACUAGUUCAACUCUUCCAGUUAUUGGAAUCUUGCAAGAACUUCAAAAUACCUUAGAGACUGAGAGAGAAAUCAAUGACUCUGAACCAUUGGGAGAGAACAUCAUAACAGAGCCAGCUGAACAAGUACAAAAGAUAGGUGAUGCUGAGUCUGAAUCAAGUGGGAAAGAUUUGCAUUCUUUCAAGGCAGAACCAGAAACCCUGCAGAAGAAUCUUGUUACUGAUUUUGAAAAACAGGAUAAGAAAGAAACAGAGGAAUCCCCAGCUUCUGAGAUCAUAGAAGCAAACAUGUUACAACAAGGUGAAAGUGGAGAAACCGGAAAAAUCCAGGAAGAAAAUGGUCUUGCAGGGAAAUCUCUUCCUGUAGAAGAACUCAAGCUUCAAGAGGAACAUGAACAAGAGGGAAAGGUACAAGAUGGCAUAAGCAGCGAGUUUGAGGUUAUUCUCAAAGAGAAAUUAAAAGAAGAAACUAAGGAGAUUGCAGAGUGUGGGGAAGAAACUCCAGCUGAUCGUUCACUGACAGCAGAAGUGCUACUUGGUGAGAAAAAUUCAUCUUCUCCCUUGAUUUCUAAGGAGCUAGAGCAUGUGAUUUCUAAUGAAAAUCAAGUAGAAGGAAAGGCUAAAGAAGAUGUUAACGCUUCAAUAACAGAGGAGACAAGUCUACAAGAAGAGCAUCACGGAGAUCUUGAAAUCUCUACGAAGGAGCAGAAGGAAGAGACUCAUGAAACUGUUAAAGAAGACAUUGUUGAUAUCAAAGAGGAAAAGAAGGACGAAGAGGUACAAGAUGAGAAGCUUAUAGGCCUGUCUGCCAAAAGGGAUAGCGAAGAUACAUUCUCAUCAGAAGUGAAGAAAGAUCAAGAAGAUGUGAGUGAGCUUGGAGCUGGUCAUGAUUUUGCUACGCUGCAAGUAGAGAAAGAGGAAGAACCUCACAGUGUGUUGAGGAAUGACGAAGAGAUCAACGAAGUAGUCACAUCUGAGAAGCAAAUCGCUGAUCCAGUGGGAGCCAUAAGGAAAGCUAGCGAAGCUGAGCAUGAACCAAAUGAAGAACAUAUUGAAACUCAAGCACUCAAGGAGAAACCAAGUGAACUCCUUCAGCCACAUCAAUCUCCCAAUCAGGUUGAAGAUCAGUCCAAUGACUUUCAAGCUCCUCCGAAAGAUAAAGAGAUAACUGAACAAGAGAAGAAGUCUAAUGAUCUCACAUAUGUUCAGGAAGAUAUUGGUACAAAUGUCAAACUAGAAGUUCAUGAUCCAGUUGAAGCACAAAAGGGCUUAAUAGAGGAGAAGAAGGGCGAUGAUUAUGUGAAGACAGAGCUGGAAGAUGCAAUCAAACAUGGAGUUUCCAAAGAAGAGAACAACAACGUGUCUGAAAAGAUUGAUGACAAAGCAACAAAAGAAAUCUAUCAAGAAGAUAGUAAGCAAACAGAUACCAUAACUGCUAUUAAGGAAGAUACAAGAGAAGAAGAGAAGGAAGCAACACAUGAAAGUUUCAACAGUACGAAGAACACUGAUGAUCCGGCAGAAAAACCAAAACCCGAGACUCGGGAGAUCGUAAACUUGUCUUCUAUCAGCGAGACACAAGACGAAACAAAGAAAAUAGAUGAAGUUCCAAACCAACAGAAAAGGGAAAUAGCGGAUGAAGUUCCAAAGAUUGCAGAAGAAAUGCAGCAAAAAGAUGGAGAAUCUGAGAACGACAAAGAACCAGCAAGGAAAUCUCUAUCAGACCUCAUACAAAAAGUGAAAGGAACAAACAAGAUUGAAGAUGCAACAGCAGAACCUCGUAUCAUCGAAGAAGAUCCCAAAACAGAGGAAGAAGAUGAUGAUGGAGAUGAACACAAAGAUGAUAAAACGAGUCCAGAUUCUAUUGUGAUGGUUGAAGCUAAAGAUACAGUAAGCAUUACCAAAACUCAACAUAAGAAAUCACAAGGCAUUCUCUCUGGCGUUGGUUCAAAGGUAAAGCAUUCAAUUUCAAAGGUGAAGAAAGCUCUCACUGGAAAAUCUUCUCAGACUACAAAGCCUUCAUCACCAAAAUGA